GCUAUCCCUUUUUCUGUACGAAACGAAAGCUUUUUCUCUUCAGCAUGAGAACCUCUUUUACUUUCUUUUUUGUUUCCCACUACCACUAAAUGCUGCUUAAGUUAUUCUACAUGUGGAAAGGAAAAAACAUUUGCUUAUAACUUCUUUUUGAAUUUGACAUGAAAACAUCCAAAGUUUUUCUUCACUUUCAUAUAUUCUUUUGUUUUUUAUGCUCGUCUCAUGCCUUAGAAAAACUUACGCCAGGAAUGACUUUGCAGGGCUAUGAAACAUUGAUUUCUGCUGGUGGGAUGUUCGAGCUAGGCUUCUUUACUGAACACAAGUUAAGAUUUCAGUACCUUGGAAUCUGGUUCAAGAAUGAUAGAAACAGAAAACCAGUCUGGGUUGCAAACAGAGGAACUCCACUCCUGGAUUUCACUGGAGUUCUCAGCAUAAGAUAUGAUGGGAACUUGGUCAUGACUGAUGUGACAACAAUUCCAAAUAUUGUCAACAAUGGAGAACUAGCAAAAAGUAAUGAAACAAGCGCAGAAAUUCUCGAUUCGGGAAAUUUAAUCCUCUUGGAAUCAGGAAAGAUCAUAUGGCAGAGUUUCGAUUACCCAACUGAUACACUUCUCGCUGGAAUGAAAUUGGGGUGGUUUAAUAUAAACACAAACAGCCUCAGGUUGCAGUAUCUUUCAUCAUGGCUAAGUCCGUCCGAUCCAAAUACUGGUUUUUAUUAUCUGGGCCUUAAUACGAACGACACUUCAAGAUUCAACCUCUGGCGCCUGGAUAGUGCUUAUCAGCAGAUUGGCUUAUGGGAUGGAUAUGAGUUCAGAUUCUUUUUCCAGAGCUCAUCAGAUAAUCAUUACAAUUUUAGCUAUGUUUCAAACAGCAAAAAUAUUUCUCUAACUUUCCACAACAUAGAAAAUGAGGGAAUUACUUGGUUUGUUUUAGAUUCAGAUGGGUCAAUCAUCGAGUUCAGGAUGGAAGGUGAAGAGAUUUCAAGUGUGAACUAUUCAGUAUGCGAUGCCAAAAUGCCACACAAUUCUACAGGAUGCUUGAUAUUAUCACCAACCAUGUGCAAAGAUGGAGAUGAUUUCUCAUACAACAGAGGACUAAUACCAACUUCGAUGCUUGUCAGUUUGCCGGCGAUUACUAGUCCCAGCGAGUGUGAUCUCAUAUGCAGGAGCAACUGUUCAUGCGUGGGUUAUGUUUCUAUGAAUGAUAAUGGAACUGGAUGUCAAAUUUUCUAUGGAGAAAAAGCUGAUCUUCUGAACAGCAUAGGGCUAGGGAACGAUGCAAUUUAUAUGCGAGGAGAUGCUUCUAAAUCUGAUCAUCAUAGAAAGAGGAAACUGCUGCUGAUGAUUGUCAUCAUUCUACUGCUUCCUUUGCUAUUGAUACUUUUGAUAAAGUUCUCAUAUGGCGUUUCAAGAUAUUUCCAUUAUUCAGGAAACAAUGAGAGGAGCCCAGGAAGCAUGCGAGAAUUUCAGACAACGCUAACAUCCCAAUUAAGCACUAAUAAAGAUUAUAGCGGAGCUGAUAUUAUUGAAUUCAGCACAAAGAAGGAUCAUGAGCUUCCCCUGCUUAGCUUUUCCAGUGUUGUGGCAGCCACUGAUAAUUUCUCCACCCUGAAUAAGAUUGGACAGGGUGGUUUUGGACCUGUUUAUAAGGGAAAACUACAAGGGCAUGAUAUUGCAGUCAAGAGGCUUUCUAAAUAUUCUGGACAGGGAUUAGUAGAGUUCAAGAAUGAGGUAGAGUUAAUUUCUAAACUACAGCACAGAAAUCUUGUCAAGCUUUUGGCUUGCUGCAUUGAGGGAGAAGAAAAGAUAUUAAUCUAUGAGUACCUGCCUAACAAAAGCUUGGAUUCUUUCAUCUUUGAUGCGGAAAAGAGAACUCUGCUGGAUUGGAGAAAACGCAAACACAUCAUUGAUGGGAUUGCUCAGGGACUUCUUUAUCUUCAUAAGUACUCAAGAUUAAGAAUUAUUCAUCGUGAUUUGAAAACCAGCAACAUCUUAUUGGAUGACUGCAUGAACCCCAAAAUAUCAGAUUUUGGAAUGGCAAAAAUUCUAUUUGAAAGUGAAUUUCGAACAAAAACACAUAGAGUAGUUGGAACAUAUGGCUACAUGUCUCCGGAGUAUGCAGUGCAUGGCUUUUACUCAAUAAAAUCCGACGUAUUUAGCUUUGGAGUUAUUUUGUUGGAGAUCGUGAGUGGCAGGAAGAAUGCAACCUUUGAUGAGCCUAAUAGCUCAUUGAACUUACUUGGAUAUGCUUGGGACUCAUGGAAUGGGGGGCGAUGCAUGGAGUUAAUAGAUCCAACAAUGGAUGCUUUGUGUUCAGUAGAUGAUACAAUGCUGUACAUUCAGGUGGGUCUGUUGUGUGUUCAAGAAAGUGCAGAGGACAGGCCAACCAUGUCAGAUGUGGUUUCAAUGUUCAGCAAUGAAAGGACGAGUUUACCUACACCUAAACAGCCUGCAUAUUCUACUCUUCUAAAGGCAGCUGAUAGUUCAAUCUCAAGAAGGCAAACCCCUUCUCAAAAUCUUGUAACAAUUUCAGUAGUAGAAGCUCGGUGA